GCCCGGCCUGAGGGAAAGGCGGGUUCCUGGUCUUCCUGAGGGAAGAAGGAAAUUUCCCGUUUUCUGGAGGAAAAAGGAGAUUACUGGUUUUCUUGAGGGAAGGGCCGCUUUCUGAUUUUCCAGAGGGGAAGUGGAAAUUUUUGGGUUUGCUGAAGGAGAGGUCGUUUUCCGAAUUUCCUAAGGGAAAGGAGAAUUUCUGGGUUUCCUGGAGGAGAGGCUGGUUUCUGGUUUUUGUGAGGGAAAAGGAAGUUACUAAUUUUCCAGAGGAAAAAGGAAGUUUCAGGUUUUCCUGAGGGAGAGGGAAAUUUCUGGAUUUCCUGAGGGAACAGCUGGUUUCUGGUUUUCCUAAGAGGAAAAGGAAUUUUCUAGUUCUCCUCAGGGGAAAGGGAAUUUCUCUUUUUCCACAGGGAGAGUCUGGUUUCUAGUUUUCCUGAGGGAAAAUGGAAUUUCUCUUUUUUUUCUGAGGGAGAGACCGGUUCCUGGUUUUCCAGAUGGAAAAGGAAAAUUCUGUUUUUCCUGAGGGAGCAGCUAGUUUCUUGUUUUCCCAAGUGAAAAGGAAGUUUCUUGUUUUCCUGAGGGGAAAAGGAAAAUUCUGUUUUUCCUGAGGGAGAGGUCGGACCCUGGUUUUCCUAAGGGAAAGGCAAUUUCUUGUCUUCUGGAAGGAGAGACCAGUUCCUAGUUUUCCCAAGGGAAAAGGAAAUUUCUGGUUUUACUGAGGGAGAGGCUGGUUCCUGGUUUUCGGGAGGGAAAAGGAAAUUUCUGUUUUUCCCUGAGAGAGAGGCCGGUUCCUGGAUUUCCAAAGGGAAGAGGAAAUUUCUGGGUUUGCUGAAGGGGAGGCCAGUUUCUGGUUUUCUGGAGUGAAAAGGAAAUUUCUAGUUAUCCUGAGGGACAAGGAAAUUUCUCCUGAGGGAGAGGCCGGUUUGUAGAUUUGCUGACGGAAAAGGAAAUUUCUUGUUUUUCUGGAGGAGGAGGCCGGGUUCUGUUUUUCCUGAGGGAGAAGAUCUCUAGCCAUGGCGGAGGGGGAGAGGCCGAGGCCGCUCCUCCGGCUGGUGCAGGAGGGACGGCUGGACCUCCUCCGCGACGAGCUGCGGCCGGACGACGCGCUGGUCCCAGCAGUGCGGAGCCAGCGCUACGGGCGCUCGGGGGACACGCUGCUGCACCACGCUGCCCGAUACGGGCACCGGGACGUCCUCGCCUACCUGGUGGAGGUGCUGGGGAUGGACGUUGAGGCGUUCAAUAGCGACUACAAAAGACCCCUGCACGAAGCGGCCUCCAUGGGCCACGGGGAGUGUGUCUCCUACCUCCUGGAGAGAGGCGCAAGCGUAGACUGCUUGAAAAAGGCAGACUGGACUCCCCUAAUGAUGGCUUGCACCAGGCAGAACCUGGAGGUGAUCAAAGCUCUUGUGGAGCAUGGAGCCAACCCACUGCUGAAGAAUAAGGAUGGCUGGAAUUGCUUCCACAUCGCGAGCCGUGAGGGCCAUCCCCAGGUCCUCCGGUACCUGCUGGACAUGUCCCCGAGCAGCUGGGACACAGAGAGCACAAUUAAGAGAACGCCUCUGCACACAGCAGGUGCCAGUACAAACCUGACAGCAGAGACAAAUGUGGAGUCACUCCCUUUAUGGAUGCUAUCCAGAACGGGCACGUCAACAUUGCCCGGCUGCUCCUGGAAAAACACCAGGCCUGUCCUUCAGCUGUGGAUGUGCUGGGCGCUCAACCUCUGCACCGGGCAGCUGUCACGGCCCAGGAUGAAGCCAUCCAGUUCCUCGUCUCCAAGCUGGGUGUUGAUGUCAACGAGAGAGCAACGGCCCUCCAACUCACAGCACUGCACUACGCAGCCAAGGAAGGACACGCACAUACCAUCCAGACGCUGCUGUCCCUCGGCGCUGAUGUCCACGCAAAGGAUGGGAAGAGCCGUUCUGCCCUGCACGCAGCGUGCGCUGGGCAGCAGGCGGACGCCGCACGGAUCCUGCUCCGUGCCGGGCUGCAGGACGCCCCGGAUGGCACGGGCACACUGGCACGGCAGCUCGCGAGGAAGCCAGAUGUCAUCCAGGUUUUCCAGGAUACAAAUGUCAGCGCGUGAGACCAACUGGGAAAAAGAGAAACACGUUUCAUUUCAGCGUGAGGACAAGUGCGGGGAGUCUUCAAGCUGCAUCAACCUCUUACGUCCUUUUUGUGGCCCAAGCCUGCUCCCAAAGCCUGCUGAAAUCAGUAGUAAGACCUCAACCUUGCAACGACGUCAAGGGUCUUUGGAUCAGACUAAAAAAAGAGGCAAUAAAAAGACGCACGGAAACAAACUGGCUGUUGUUAAUGCAGAUGAUCAGGUACAAAAGGACGUUAGAGAAGGAACAUGGAUUCAGCUUUAUGCCUGCAAAAUUAGCCAGGGGAAGAAACCUUGCUGUCUGUCUUGCUGUUUUUGCUGUUGCUUACUCGCUGCAAGACGUCUCACAUGGAGAAACGGUGCGGGCGCCUGGUCCCCGGGGAGGAAGCCCAGGAGCUGGGCUCCGUGCCACGCGGCGCUGAAGGCAGUUUGGAGCGGAGCCCGGCAGCCGGCACACGGCUUCGGCGCUGUCCUGUUAUGCCACCUCUUCCACCCUUGGCACUGGCGCUUGCCGGGGGCCCUGCAAACACUCCUGGUCCUGCAGCCGCAGAGGAGAAGACCUAGUGCCUUCGUCUUGUAGGAUGUGGCUGAGAUACAGUCAUGGUAAGUAGAAGCGUCUGGGUAGGUAGGAAAUAAUGUUGCAACGCUGUCAGGGCUUGCUGGGAAACCUUACAGGAAGGGAAGGCAUUUUGUUUUUAAAUAAACCUGAUUUUGCUCUGGUGGUUGCACCAUCACACCCCCCCCCCCCCCCCCCCAAACUCAAAAGCACUGAGACAUGCAUGCCAGGUUUCCUUGCGAUGAUGCUGAGGACGAGGGACUGCAGCUAUUGUAUCCUCAUCCCAUCUCCUGGGCUUUUCUUGGGUUGGUGACCAUGUGUUGGUUUUGGAUGUGCCCUUUUGUACCUCUUAGGAGCUGGCGGUGAUUUUCACUCCGUCUUGUUCCCCUUCUCUGUGAGUUACAAGGAUUCACUCUCUGGCUGUUGUCUUUCAACCCUGGUGUCCCAACUAGCUGGUGGUAGAUGUGAGCCAACAGCUUGAGGACCUGCUGACCAUGGUGCAUUGCCACCAACUGUUUUGCUGUCUCUUCUCCUGCCUUCUGCUGCUCCCACAGCCAGACCUUCCUGCUCAACCUCUGUCCAGGCUGGUCUCAACGUUUCUACUGUGGGUAUGUCCAUAUGGACGUUGCUCCGGUCCUCCAAGCCAACCUGCAGCUGCCAGCGAGGCAGCCUGUCCCAUCCCAAGCUGCUUGUGUGUCGCUGACUUGUCCGACGGAGGUUCGUGGUGGUGGCUCGUGCAGAUCGAUGGUUGUCUGAUGCUCACGGAUGUUGGAGAGGAGGUAGAAAAGCUGUGCCUGCUGCUUGCGCGCCAGAAACCGAGUCUCGGUUAUUUCUUGUGCAUCGCUUGGUGCAGAAGAUUUGUCCCGGUUCUUGGACAGAUGACUUUACCGCCUCGCUGCCUGUCUUGCUGCUGGCGUUGCUCACUCCUCGCGUGCUCUCCCGCCGACUGCUCUGCACUGCCAAACCUUCACCAACACCCUGUAAAUGAAGAUUUUUUUAUUUUUUUUUUUUCCCCCCCUUACCUGGGUGUUGAACGAGCUUGGUGCAAGACACAGAGCCCAGCCGUGCCCGUACAGAGCAGGAAACAUACGGUCCGUUGAUGAGCAGCGUUCAGCCGUGGCACAUUGGGGCUGGCAGGUCCGAUCCCCCCGGGGCCGCGCAGCCACGUUCACCUCUCCAGGCUUUGCUCCUCCAAAUACUAAAGCCAUUUAAAAGGAGCCGCUCUGCUCCCCAUCUGAUCCACCGCGGCGGGGUUUCGGCCGCGUGAUGGAGCUUUGCCCAGUUCUUCCAUCGGCCCCGGCGCGCUGCCCUCGGCGUUGCACGUCCCCGGUAGAUACGGGGAACGCAGACGUACGAUCAAAUUAAGAUGUCUUAAGCCCUGCGGGUGUCUAAUCCGCGCCGGCGGCCCCGAGGCGCAUAAGCAGCUUUGCCACGCUGCUGCGUACAUGUUGCUUCCCCGGCUUGCUCCCCUUCCCCAGGAUGCUGAUCCAUGGGGCGUUAAAACCAGCACGCGGCCGGGAAAUUCCUGCCUCGCUUCAAGGAAGCGGUGGGCGGUGGAGACUGGGUAGCGGCAAGGAUUAAAAAAACCUCUUAUAUGCAAAAGAAGAAAAAAGCAAAAAGGAAAAAAAAAAAGCUCAAAUCUUCUCGAAAAGGCGCUGCCUCCUUUGCGUCGGUGCCGCGCUGCGGUUUUGCUGUGGAUGGGGGGGAUUUGCCGCACCAAGCGUGAUCCUGAAUGAGAGCCAAAACUCUUCUUCACGUGUUUUGGGGUGAAAAGGGGGAAAUGUGAGAGGUCCCGUAAUUAUUAUCGUUUGUUGCGAUAAUUAACAAAGCGCUGCUGUUAAAAGCGCUUCCCCGCGGUCCCCGGGAUGUGAUG